CCAUGCGGAGUUUCUAGCUUGAAGCCUGAGCUCUGGAUUCUUGGCACGCUAAAAAUUCCAUCCUCAACCUCAACCCAUCAUCAGCAUUGAAGCCGGUGGACGCCAAUUCGCACCAACCACGACUCAGGCGGAUUCCUAUACAACUCCGUACCUUCGAAAAUAUCGAUUGGUAAUUUUGGGAAUAUCUCCCUGGGCACCUGGACGUUGGCCACUGCCUUGUCGACAUCAUGAUUCUCCGAAGACCCUUCCUCAACGACCUCUCCUCCGCAGUUGCAUCUGCACCGAAACAAUGCGUGCGCAAUCUUCACCACCAGAUUCCCAUUCGACCGGUUCCUAAGCCUAUACCUUUCAUCCCGGACCAAAACACAUUCCUUUCCGCGAUCGGCCGCGGCCUCUCCGCACACAGCGCAAAGAUUCCCUCGUGGGAAGCACUCUUUACACUUUCCUCCGCUCAACUCAAGGAAGUCGGCGUGGAACCAGCACGAUCUCGAAAAUACCUUCUGUACUGGCGCGAAAAGUUCCGAAACGGCGACUAUGGCAUUGGAGGAGAUUGCAAACAUGUGACUGAUGGCGUAGCCGAUCUCCUGCUUGUUGAAGCACCAGUCACACCAUCCCCAUACACAAAAGGAAUGUCACCGCGCUCAGCUAUGGCAACAGCAACACACGAUCCAGGAACCAGGAAGGUUGUUGUCAACGUUCCUACGGGAGCGGAAAGUCCAAGCGAGUCGCUUGAGAAUAUCCAGGGUGUUCGUGGAUUUGUAGUUAAGGGUGCACAGACGAUCAAGGGCCCAUAUGUGGAGACAGUCAAGGGUAGUGGUGGCUUGAGGGCGAAAAUAAGGAUGCAGGAAGGUAUUUGGGAGAUCAAGAGGGGACAUAAGGUCGAUGGUGGCGAGAGGAGGAGGGCUGAGGUCAGGGCAAAGAGGAGGGCAGCAGAGAACAAGGAGGCCAACAGAUAGACAAUGGCCCUGAUUGAAAGUGAAAAGACUGCAUUCAGGUCUUCAGAUAAGGCAAGGCAUGAAGGAUAGAUAUGUACCAUACUCGUGUUUCAACCAUACCAAUGUAGCAUAUCGACAGUCAGCCUACACGCUGAUGUUAUUUCAACCAUUUGUGCCAGCUCCUUAGGCCCCAAUUGAUACACUCAUCCAGGUUCAGGUAUGAAAACCCAGC